UGCUCAGCGGGGACCCAGCAUGGCGGACACCGGUGUGGUGGAGACGCUCUUACAGCGGAUUGAGAAGGCGGACGAUGGCGUGGACAGCCUGGAGGUGGCUGCCAGCCUCGGCUUGGACCACCAGGUCGUCGUGGGAGCCGUGAAGAGUCUGCAGGCUCUCGGAGACAUGAUCUCAGCUGAACUGCGCUCCUCCAAACACUGGGAACUGACCGGGGAGGGUUCAGAGAUAGCCGGGCAGGGCAGCCAUGAAGCCCGGGUCUUUAACUCCAUCCCUCUGGAGGGUCUGGCUCAGAGUGAGCUCAUGAAACUGUCCUUUGGGAAGAUCGGCUUCAGCAAGGCCAUGUCCAACAAGUGGAUCCGAGUGGACAAAGCACACGAGGGCGGCCCCAGGAUAUUCAAAGCUGUGGAGAGCAUAGAAGACCAGGUUAGAGAGAAGCUGCUGCUGGUACAGAAAGGCAACUUCUCUCAACUGGAAGAGAAAGAAAAGAAUGAACUGAAGAAGAGAAAGCUGCUCUCUGAAGUGACGGUGAAGUCUUACUGGAUCACUAAGGGAAGCUCCUUCAGCACCACAGUCACCAAGCAGGAGACGGAGCUCACACCAGAGAUGAUCGCCACGGGUAACUGGAAAGACAAGACCUUUAAACCAUACAACUUUAACGCCAUGGGUGUAGCUCCAGACUCUGGUCACCUGCACCCGCUGAUGAAGGUGCGAACACAGUUCAGACAGAUCUUCCUGGAGAUGGGUUUCACUGAGAUGCCGACCAACAACUUCAUAGAAAGCUCCUUCUGGAACUUCGACUCUCUGUUCCAGCCUCAGCAGCACCCGGCCAGAGACCAGCACGACACCUUCUUCCUGUCUGACCCAGCACUCGCCCAUGAGUUCCCACCGGACUACCUGGAGAAAGUGAAGAAGGUCCACUCAGAGGGAGGAUAUGGUUCACAAGGGUACAAAUACGACUGGAAGCUGGAGGAGGCGCAGAAGAACAUCCUCCGCACUCACACUACAGCAGUCAGCGCACGCAUGUUGUAUAAACUCGCCCAACAGGAGAAGUUCACCCCCGUCAAGUACUUCUCCAUCGACCGGGUGUUCAGGAAUGAGACCCUAGAUGCCACCCAUCUGGCAGAGUUCCACCAGAUAGAGGGCGUGGUGGCCGACUACGGGCUGACACUGGGAGACCUCAUGGGCAUCCUGCAUCAGUUCUUCACUAAACUAGGAAUUACCAAACUACGCUUCAAGCCUGCCUACAACCCAUACACAGAGCCUAGCAUGGAGGUGUUCAGUUACCAUGAAGGGCUGAAAAAGUGGGUGGAAGUUGGAAAUUCGGGGGUCUUCCGCCCAGAGAUGCUGCUGCCCAUGGGUCUUCCUGAGGAUGUGUCAGUAAUUGCCUGGGGACUAUCUCUGGAAAGGCCCACCAUGAUUAAAUACGGCAUCAACAACAUCAGAGAACUGGUGGGACACAAGGUGAACCUACAGAUGGUCUACGACGGCCCCAUAUGUCGACUGGACUCCUGAGUUUCACCCAAUCAUAAUUAUUAUUAAUAUAUUGGACGGACCCCACCUUUACAUGCAAUACCUUAAGCCUGCGUCUCUCAAUGAAGCGACCCAGCCUCCAGUUCUUCUUAACUCAAGCUGGGCCAGUAAAACCAGUCGGUCUGAAAGUGACUGUAGCAGUAAACUGAAGAGGCUUUAACACACGUGAGCAGCCUUAGUAUGAACUUAUUACUGCUGCAGUGUAAAACAUCAGUGCUAGUCUUGACUCUUUUGGCGUACUUGG